AUGGUAUCAGGUGACGAAGUGGAGGAUGUGGCCGGGCUCAUCGAGGAAAAUGUUCGUGAGCAUGCUGGUAGCGAUGAGCUGGCGGAGAAGAUACUCACGAGGGUAAAAGCCAUUCAAGAGUGCGCCGCGGAACAUCCGGAGGAAGGAUUGGCGCUACUUAAGAAGCUGACGGUGCCCAUAUCGAAAGAAGGUACGCAAUGCGCGGCAACAAAGUGGGAUAUCGAAGACGCCACUGAAAGAGAACGUGCCGUGAGACAGUGCUUCAGAGAAGUAGCAAAACGAAUUAUGGAAUCUACACCACUUACUGAGAAAGAGUCUGCGGCUCAUGGUGCGAUCAGGGACUGCGUUCGCCCCGAAUGGAAACAGUGAAGGCUUCAGACAACAGCACCUAACUGGAAUUUGAACGCUCACUUGAACCAUAUGGGACAACUUGAAGGAAAGAACUUCCUCCUGGUAUUGUUCAUCAACUGCAAUAAAUAA